AUGGCACACGUCGACGUCCCACACACACAAAAGGCCUUCGUGCCACUAGAAAACAACCCCGAAGUAAUGUCACACCUAGUGCACCAACUAGGUCUCCCCCCAACACUAGGCUUCACCGAUGUAUUCUCCAUCGAUGAGCCAGACCUCCUCGCCUUCGUCCCCCGCCCCUCCCAUGCCCUCCUCCUCGUCUUCCCCGUCUCACAAACCUACGAAGCCUCCCGGGAAGCAGAAGACGCCUCCAAAGACAACUACACCGGCUCCGGCCCCGCAGAGCCUGUAAUGUGGUUCAAACAAACUAUCCGCAAUGCAUGUGGGCUGAUCGGGCUACUACACGCUGUCUCGAACGGCGAGGCCCGGAAACAUGUCAUUGCCGGCUCGGAUUUGGAUACGUUGCUCCGGGAAGCGGAGGGGUUGGAGCCGGUGCAGCGUGCGGAUUUGCUUUAUGAUAGUAAGGCGCUGGAGAGUGCGCAUGCUGAUGCGGCGAAGUUGGGGGAUACGGCUGCGCCCGAGGCGGAGGAUAAUGUUGAUUUGCAUUUUGUUGCUUUUGUUCGGGGGCUGGAUGGGACGCUUUGGGAGUUGGAUGGGAGGAGGAAAGGGCCCUUGGCUAGGGGUGUAUUGAAGGAGAGGGAGGAUGCGCUUAGUGAGGCUGCGUUGGAGUUGGGGGUUAGGAGGUUCUUGAAGAUGGAGGCAGAGGGUGGAAAUCCAGAUUUGAGGUUUAGCUUGGUUAGUCUGGGGCCUUUGUUUGAUUAG